AUGUCGAAAAAAGAAGAUCCUGAAUGGAAAAAAUUAAAAGAAGAAUUGGAAGGAUUAUAUAAUAAGAUAAAAGAUCUACAGAAUGAUGCUGCGGAUACAACUUUGGAAAAGGAAACGGAAACCGUUGGAGAUGUUUCCAAAUUGAAAAUAUCGACUAAAAAAUUAUUAAAAGGACACAUAAAUAAAGUUAACAGCGUUCAUUACAGCGGUGAUAACAGACAUUGCGUAACGGGAUCAUUGGAUGGUAAAUUAAUCAUUUGGGAUACGUGGUCAGGUAAUAAAGUACAAAUAAUACCUUUGAGAUCUUCAUGGGUUAUGAGUGUGGCAUUUUCACCAUCCGGUAAUUUCGUCGCUUGCGGUGGAAUGGAUAACAUGUGCACAGUUUACGAUCUUAAUAAUAGAGAUUCAUCUGGUAAAACUAAAAUAGCUCGAGAACUUCUCGGUUACGAAGGUUUUUUAUCUUCCUGUCGUUUUUUCGACGAUGUCAAUCUCAUAACAGGAUCUGGCGACAUGAAAAUUUGCAAAUGGGAUUUGGAAACUGGGAAAAAAACGGCGGAAUUUGAAGGACACAAUGGCGACGUUGUAUGCAUUUCUCUUUCACCAGAUAAAAACCAAUACGUGACGGGAAGUGUUGAUAAAACAUGCAAGUUGUGGGAUGUUAGAGAUAGUAAACCCAAACAACAAUUUUUCGGUCAUUUUGGCGACGUCAAUUCAGUUUCUUUUCAUCCAUCUGGUCAAGCAUUUGCAAGUGCAUCGGAUGAUAAAACGGCAAGAAUUUACGAUAUAAGAAGUGAUCAACAAUUGGCACUUUUUGAAGAACCCAAAAAAACAAGCGGAUUUUCAAGUUGCGGUUUGAGCCUUUCCGGAAGAUUUAUUUUCGCCGGGGGUGACGAUAACAACAUUCACAUGUGGGAUGCAUUGAAAAAUCAACAUCGUGGACAUUUAUCCGGACACGAAAGUAGAAUCACUUCUUUAUCGGUAUCAACCAAUGGUAUGUCCAUCGUAUCAUCAUCUUGGGAUCAAAAUUGUCGCGUUUGGGCUUGA